AUGGCUCAGAAGCUUUGGUCCAAGGCUGCCCGCUCCGCAAGACCGACUUGGCAAGCAUAUUCACCGGUUCCAGCUGGCGGCCAGGAAACCGAGAGCCUGCUGCUAGUUGGCGGCGGCUGGGACGGCGGGGGGAGAGAUGACGAUGCCACGCCGGGCGGGAGAAGGCGUAGCAACGAGGGCGACGUCGCGAGACGAGCGGCAGGGAGUCCCAGGCGGCAAGAAGGAGGCAGCGGCCGACGAGGGCGCAAAGGCGAGGCGGCUCGGGGAUCGAUGGGCGCGGGCGGUCUCGAAGAUAGGCGAGAAGGUGCGUGCGCGUGCGGCGAAGGCGGGAGAAAGGACAGCACGCUUGGCCUUGGUGGCGGCUGUUUUCUUCACAGCCAGAGUCAGGACGGCGGAGCCAUCCUUCACAGCGCUCUAGAUCGCGCGGAUCCCUCGGCGCAGGCGAGGCGAACCGGUCCACAACUGCGCGUCCUACACGCAGGUGGAGUGGUCCUCUCUGCACUGCGUGCAAAGCGAAAAAUGCUCAAGCAGAUGUUGGCCCAGUACGCAACCUCUACUCGUCGCCUCGCGGAAUUCGACCGUGAAUGUCUCCCUAGCGUCCCACCAUGGGCAGCGCGGACAGUUAUGUCAAAGAUUGAAGGGGUCAAACCACAGCAGGUCUGGUCCAUCUGA